AUGGAGCGCCAGCAAAAACCGGUGGAUGCGGAGUUCGGUACCACGCGCGACUUGGAUCUGCAGCAGCUCAAAGAGAUCUCCCGCCGACCAACCAAGCACAUGCGAGCAGCAUCCCAAGACGCACAAUUGCACAAACACGGGGCCACUCUACAGCACUAUUCAAACAACAUAAACAACCCAAACAACUCAAAUGCCUCAAACGUCUCACACAACUCAAACAACUCGAAUACCUCAAACGCCUCACACAACUCAAACAACUCAAAUACCUCAAACGCCUCACACAACUCAAACAACUCGAAUACCUCAAACGCCUCACACAACUCAAACAACUCAAAUACCUCAAACAACGCAAACAUCUCAGGCCCAAACAAGCAUAUGGGGCGAGGUGUUUCUGUAGCGGGAGAGCCGCCCAAUACCCAUUUACGUGCACCUCUGAUAUCAGCACAGACAGAUACACAGGCGCCAACGACACCACCAGCACUGCUGACCCUAGGCCAUGGUGGGUUGCGACGCGAGCAUGACCUGUGCGACGCGGCUACAUCAGUUACCGCACCCACACCCACACCUGGUGGCUCGCCAAGCAUGGGCAGAUACUCACACUCUACUGAGGCGGAUGGUACACAUCACACGCUGGCGCACGCGGAAAAUAGCGCCGCUGCUCGCGCAGAGGCUGAUGAAAGAACGAGCGUGCAAAGGCAGGCACACGCACAGAGCCCGACGUUGCUGAAAACCGGACGAGACCAGACAGUUCCGGUGAGUAUGCACCCAUUAUAUGAAACAUCGGACAAUGGAGACUCGUUGCUGGGCAGGGAGCAGUAUAUCUCUUCUAAACGGGCUUGUACGAGAUCGAUGGACAACUCGUGGCUUGCGGCUGUGCCUGUGAAUGGGCCUGCGACAAUGGCAUUUGGGGCAGUCGAUUACUCGGCGCACGCAGACGGCAGGUGGAGUAGGCAGAGCUCUGGGGCUGAUGGGAAGGAGACGGAUGUGUUGUCUGCUAUAAUAUUGGCGCUGAGAAAUGACGACCACGGGAAUGCCUUGCGUAUAGCGCAGGAGCGCUUACAUCAACUUGCGUCGCUUGAAGGCGUCGAAUUGGGAUCCAGACGACCACAAACCUCCACUACAGAACCGUCAUCAUCCGACUGAAUAUAGUAGGCGAAUUAAAGUUCGGCUUCGUGCCGAGUCUCUCAAAG